GGCUCCUUUUCUUUUUCCCUUUUUUCCUUCUUUUCUUCCUCCUCCAGCCCGCAUGUUCUGCUCUUCCCGACCCCCCUGCACCCGAAAGAAAAAAAAAGAAGGAACCAAGCAAGCCGCCGGCCCCAGCCUUGAGGAAACCGAUGAGAAAGCUUGGAUUUCUCCUCCUUUUCUUGUUCUUGAACCCAGAAGUCUCCCUCCCCUGCUGGAAAAUCGGAUCUGCUAUGCUCUGCUCCUCACCGCCGGUUGCUCCUGCCUGUGGAGGGCGAAUUGCUUGGGUUUUGGAUUUCCCCUUGAAUUUCCCCUGCAGAUGCCGCCGGCUCUUCCCCCAAACUGCAGUCCGGUUGUGCUAGGAAAAUUAUGGUUCCCGAUCGUUCUGUCAGUUAGCACUGAGAUCGAGUUUUCGAUUUUAUGGAGUGAGUGCUCGGUUUUAUGCAAGUGAGGUAAGUAAAUUUAUGGUAAUGCCUGUACUGUUUUAUAAGCAUGUUUUGAUUUGUUUUUGAAGUGGUGGCGGGACUAAACCCGUUUUACAUGAGCAUGACUGAUUUGAAGUGAAAUGUUUUAUGCUUUUCAUUAAAUUGAGCAUGCCUAUUUGAAAGUUUAAAUGAC